AUGGCAUCCAAAGAUGUCGAGACCAUUGCCGUCGCUCCAGACGCAAAGCCUGAUGUCGAAGAUGCGGCCUUGGCUGAGGCCAUCCGCCUCGAACACAACUUAACCUUCUCCCAAGCUGUCAAGCUGUACCCCGCUGCUAUUGGAUGGUCUGCCUUUGUGUCUCUCGGGGUCAUCAUGCUGGCGUUUGACCCCCAACUGCUGGGCAACCUCUACGCCACACCUCAGUUUCAGCGAGACUUUGGCUACGAAUAUGAGGGCUCCCGAUUCACCGUUGACUAG